AAGCUGAACCAACACAAGAAAAAAAAAAGAUAAUUUUUUUUCAUCACCAAAAACUGGAUAAACAGAUAAUGAGAGGAUUUUGUGGAGUCUGUCAGCUGCUCACAGUGCUGCUGGCUGCUAACGUGGCAGCGGCUAUGGAUCCUUCCCACAUCCUGGCCAGUGAGAGAAGCUCGAUCGAAAGCACAUAUGAGCUGACCAAAUACCUGGAGUACCAGCUCAAAGAAAUCAAAGAUGUAUACCUGACAUAUCUGGGCCCACCGUUCAAUGAGAAAGACUUCUCCCCUCCUCGACCCAACAGUACUGCUCUAGCUUUACCGAGUGCUGCCACCCGACUAGAGCUGUGGCAUGGCUUAGAGAAUCAAGCCCGUCUUGCACAGAACCAGAGGGCCUACUCUAUCCUGCUGACUGCUGUCAGGGAGCUGGCCCGCUCCACUCUCUGCCCCUCCCUCAAAACAUCCCUCUUGCACUUUUGCACAGGUCUGGAUGGACUGCUGGGCUCAAUUUCUGCACUGAUGAACUCCCUCGGUUAUUCGUCUUCCCCACAAGGUACAGCUGGUGAGCUCCACUAUGCACAGAGGGGGGCAGGGGGCAACCAUCCAGCUCCUCUUAUGAGCCAGAGCCUGUACAGAUCCAGAGCUGGAUCAAGAACAGAACCCAGUCAGCGUGGCAGCCAGAGAAGAAGUCGAAUAAAGACUAUCAGAGGAGAGAGGGAAGGAGGCGAGCUGAUGGAUAGAAGAAGAGGGCGAGCAGGGAAAAGAGCGGAGUCAGCCGUGGCUUCAGGGCGUAGCAGUGGACUGAGGGAGAAGGGAAGAGGAGAAAGAGUGAGAAGAGAGGACAGGCAAGAGCAAGUAGAAAUAGUAGAGGAGCUAAACAGAGAGAUGAAAAGCUUAGGGACAAGGAGAAGGUUGUUGAGUAUAGAAGACAUUGAAGAUAAGAGAUACGGGGAGCCUAAAAUCAGAGUUGAAGUGUCUUAUCAGGAUGCAGAUGAAACCAGAGACCAUCAACAUACAAACAGCAAUCAAUACAGCUUCAGUCUGAAUUCAGAUUACAGAGACACCCUCAGAGAAGAUGGAUUUUUAUUAGAAACCAACAGAAAAUUUGUCAUGAAGGAGGAAAACACCGCAGAUAUGGAUUCAACCUCCUCUUCCUCCUUUAAUCAGCACCACAGGCGUCCUCGCUCUCUUCUCUACCCCACCCUCCCACCUCCACUCUCUACUCUCUCCCUUCUGUACCAGAUUGGAGUAGGUGAGGAGCACACCCUUCUACCCCAGCCUGUCCCGUUGUCUUUACAGAGGGGCACCUCCCUUCUCUCCCCUCCAUUAAGUCCACUGCUCUCUUCUUCCACCUCCACCUCCUCAUCGCUCCUACCGGUGCGGCCAACAAUGAAUGAUUUUGCAAGGAAGGUGGAGGGAUUUUGGAUCCUGCGAGAAUUGCAGAGCUGGUUGUGGAGAUCAGCCAAGGACUUUAACCGUCUCAAGAAGAGACUAAGAGGUUGAGACAUUUAGAGGAGACUGGACAAGGAGACAAAGACUCGUAAAAGUACAGCAAGGCGGAAAUUUUUUUUUUUUACAAAGUCUGAGAGGAGGUCAACUGAGAUAUCUGAGCACAUUACCACAACUAUACUGAACCCUUCCAUUCAUCCCAUACUGGAAACAGUGGAUAAAAGACUGUUUUUGGCUGGUCACCAGUCCUGCUACUGGAACAUAAAGCACACAAAGCCAUGACAAGACUGUUCUGACCGCACAUAGGAGGUCAUUGAGAUAAACUCACUGAGGCUGAGUCUGAGUUACUGGACUUCACAGCUCAUAGAUCAACAGGAAAACCGCUGUAGGUGGUUAGGCUCGAACAACACAGACUCAGCCCGGCCGGGUGAGCGGCAGCAAGACAGACAGUGCAGCCAUUGAACAUUAACUGAUUCAGUGACCUCACAUGUGUGAAUCAGCAAAAGUUCAUUUUCUCUAAAGGAAGAAGGAAAAAAAUAUGAAAGGGCAAAAGAAAAGAGAGAAGGAAAAUGCCCAAAAGGAUGUUCGAGGCAGAGAGAAGACAUGAGUCAGGGAGUGAUCACUUGUACUAACCAACAGAGGGGUAUUGCUGAGUAAUUACUGAGCAAAAUGUCAUUUACUGUAACCCUACAAGAGUUACACAUAUAAUCCAAGCAGAGCGGUAAAAUCCAUUUUUCUGCUGGUUUAGGUUUGGGUUCUACAAUGUAGACCUCAAUCUUCACAGAUAUCACCACUUUUAAUCAUCUCUAGAUUUUCUGAGCCUGAAAAUCUACAUGUAUUUAAUGCAUCUCUGCAGUGUCUGCGCUUUAUGUUCUAAAAAAGUCUAGACGUUUUCCCCAUAAUGACAUAUAUACUAUCAAUGCAACAUAGAAACUGUGUUUUAUUGGCCCAAGAAGCCAGAGCCUAGACCUCAGAAUGAUAGCUCACCAGUGGUAAGAUGUAAAACCAGUGAAUAUUUAUGUUCACUAACCGAGCUCACUACUACUAUCAAUACAUGCUAAAAACCUGUCUGUGGUGAAUAUCAAGAGCCUAGUGCAGACCAGGUGUAUUUUGUUAAAAUUACAUCAUUUUUUUAAUAAUAAAAAAACACUUCUCCCAAAUAACAAAUAUAGACAUUGUCAAUGGAAGUAUUUCUUUGCAACAAUUUAUUAACGUAACAUAAACUUUGCGUUUCAGAUCUGAAAUAUAGCAAGGAAAUCAAGUCUAUAGUCAUUCUGAAAGAUAAUAGUUUGUAUCAUACUAACGGUUCUGUAAUACAUUUCUGGUAAAACAACCCUGUUUCUUUACUCAUAGCCUUUCAGAGAUUUUGUUUUUUAUUUAACAGACACUGGGAUGGAUUUGAGAUCAUGUAAUUAAGGUUUGCCCUUCUUAUUACAUAAGAAAAUUGACAUUAUCUUUUUUCCAAGGCUACAGUACAUUAUUCUGCACAUAUUUAUUUAAAAACUGUAGCACCAAAUCUUUUAUAUCAGAUCACGUUUAUGCACAUGAGAAAGUAAAAAAGUGGAUAAUUCAGUAACUCUUGGACAGCUUCUGUGUACAUUAGCUUAACCAAUUAGAAAUGUAAUGCUGAGUUUUAGAACAUGUCCAGGACAUGAGGAUAGACAACCUAAGGCAUCGAUUCCAUUGUUGUAGAGGAUUGUAAUUUCCUCACAGUCACCUCGACAAACCGUACUGAUGCAUGUCUGUGGAGCUAGCGAGGGCUACCAGUUACAAAUAGUACUGGUAAAAUCUCCAGAUGACCUAAAAAAAGAUAAAUCUUUAUUUAUUUGUAUUUUUAUCUGAUGUCAAAGCCUGGAUUUACCAUAUUCCUGUACCUUAGAUGCUGUUGGCACAGGUCCGAUAGAGAAAAGCUCUGCAGACUAACUUCAGUUUCUUACUAUCUACAACUCCUUUUAUAUGACUUAGACUAACUUUAUUGUCAUUUUGUUUAGUCCAAUUUCAUUUAUACAGCUUUCCAACAGUGAACGUGCAGCAGCUUAGCAGUGAAAUGAACAUUUCCAUUCAUAAAGUUGAGAAGUGAUCAAAUGUAAACAGUGUAGGAGAGAAAUGGCGCAAAGAGGCAUUGAUGUGGAAGUUCAGAGCAGUGCAAAAAUAAAAUAUAUAUGGUGAAAAAAUGCAGUAGAAGAUUUGUGACUUGAUUUAGAGUUUUUUCAACAGUUCAGCAGUCUGAUGGCAGUGGGGAAAGAGCUGUUACAGAACCUGCCGAUCCUGCAUGGAACGGAGGCUCAGCAUAUGUUUAUUUGAUUUUGAUUGCAAGGGAGUCAACUUCUUAAAGGAAAAGUCCAGCUUUAAGAGGGAAAUCCAGUUGUUGUUUUUUUUUUCUCCAUGAAAUCCAGUUGGGAUUUUUAGUCUUCAAUUCUGAUUUCUGAGUGCAAGUCGAAUGCAAGCAGCUUAGCUUAGUUUAACUGUAAACAGGCCAAUAUUAAACAGAGACAUGGGAUAUAUUUUAACCUUCCAACUAUGGUAAAUAAACUUGUAGUGCUCCUUAGCUUGUGCCAUCAUCUUUUCAAAAAAUGUAUUAACCUUUCUGUUUCCCUUUAUAGCUGUUAACCUGUUAGCCAACCCCAAAUUCAAUUUUGCAUAGGCCUACAGUUACAGAGGGAAAUGAUGAAUGCACAGGAAAGCUCCAGCUUUGCUCUAAAACCCCAAACUGUUAAUGUAUAAUUUCUUUGUGUACAAAUGUAGAAAAUAAGGUGAUGACUUUUUAAGGUCGGUGCAGUGAAUGAAUCACACUAAUAUUACUAAUAAAACCUGCCUUAAAUUACCUAUUUAUAUUUGUAAUGGCCUAUAAGUUCAAAAGGAAUUGCAUUUGAUCAAUUUUGCCCUGAAGCACCUUCAGGUUUACACAGCUAAAGUAUUUAAACCAUAUGCUGGAAAGAAAACUCUGAAGCAAUUCGGUGAACUCAGUGCCUUGGGUCUGCAUUAAGCCUUUGGUUUGGAUCUCUUAAGACACAUGUUUGUGCCUGGUGUUUUGACAGCACGUUCAAGACAUGUUCAACACUCUACUAUUUGCUUUUCAAAAUCUUGAAGUAGUGCUGGAAGUUGCUUUCACAUUCCUUAACUUUAACCACUCUGAGCUUUCCCUCCAAGCAAGUUAAAACAUUUUGUUUUCAGAAUAAAUUUGUCGUCAUGUGUUUGAAAUGUGUGCUGUCAUGGCCAAAGGUUAUGGAUCACAUUGCCAUUAUUUAUUAAGCAGAAAUGUUUAUUUAUUUGUCCCUGUGUGAUAAUACUGUAUUGUAACUUGAGAGAGAAUAAAUACUAC